UCUUCGAACGAAAUUAGCCGCGAUGACGGGUGCAAUUUCAUUUGCGAUCGGUUUUCUCAGUAUUUUUGGAUGCAACAGUGUCCGCGGGCAAGAUUACUUCGAGUUCAUGCGGAACGAGGGGGGCAGGGGACACAGCCGUCAGAGAUCGCCGCCUGCUCCGAAGAUAAACAAUGUGACAGUUAGUCGCUCUUCGAAAUUAGCGGUAUUCGGUAAUGCAGCGUAUACUGACGAUGAUUUUUAUGGUUCCAAUGUUGGAAAGAGUCCACAAGUAGUUGAAUGUAAGGGACGCACUAAGGACAUCUAUGCGAUGGGAUACAAGGCCAUGUGCAAUCCAAAACUCACUCUGGUGAAAUUAAAUCCUGAUCCCGGCUACGAGUAUAGUCCUAGCAUUAUUCUUCUCAAGCGAUGCAAAGGUCCUUGCGGGCAUUCCACCCAGUCUUGCAUGCUGCUGGAAUCAACUUUUAAGACAAUAUACGUUAAGAGGAAGGAGAAGGCCAAUGGUUUGUAUAUGAAAGCCUCGAAGUGCCUGGAAAUUGAGGUUGAAGAACACACAAAAUGCAAGUGCGGAUGCGCUUUGAUGGCCAGCGAUUGCAACAGGAGGCAGAAGUACUAUCCAGAAGCCUGCGACUGCAAGUGUGAAAAUCUGAACGACAAAGCGAAAUGCGACAGUCAGGAGAACAUGGACUGGGACCCACAGACUUGUCGAUGCAUCUGCAAGAUGGAGGAGGAGAUCUGCAAUACUGGAUUGCACUGGGUUCCCUCGAUGUGCAAAUGUGCUCAAGUUAUGGAGAACUACAUCGCAUCUUUCCAGUGAUCAUUUUGGGGACCAGGAAGACGAUUUUUUUUCCACAUUAUAAUUGUAUUGGAAGAUGAAGGGGAUUCGAGUUCAACGAAAUAAAAAUUGUAGAUUGAAUCCAAAAUUCAAAAGAUCGCUUUCCGUAAAGAAUAGCAAAAGCGAUCUUCUAAUGAUAUUUCGCUACAUUCGCAGGUGCGCUCGACUUCCGGGCAUUGAGGGUCUGUACUAGUUGCAAAAAUUAUUUUCCUCAUCCACAAACCCCAGAGUUGCACCGUAAACUGUCUCUACAAACGGGAAUAUGAGAUAAAAUCGAAACUCACGAGAACGAAACUGUCCACAAAUUAAAAUAUGAUCUCUCUCUUUAUUUAUAGUCAGCAUGUGACAACAA